AUGAAUACAAUCGAAAAUUCACGUAUAUCAGCUCACCAAGUAGAAUGCCUUAGAACUUUUUUAAAGAACAUAGUUAUUCAAAAUCUCGAGAUAUUUUUAGAUACACUUUGCAGUAUCAAUAAAAUAUUAAAAACUUGCUAUAAAAACGCAUCUAUUGCUUCUGACGAGAAUGCACUUUUGUACUGCAGUAUUAUAGCAAAGCACCAACAAAUCUUGGAUUUAGAUCAAUUUGAUGUGAUAGAAACUCAAGAAUCCUUAAUAACCGGCCUUCAUAACAUUCACUAUGCAUUUCUUGAAAAUAAUCUGAAUAUUUCUUUUGGCACAGGAAUAGAUGCUGUGCUUGAAAUUUACCAUCACAUUUUGAAAGAUUUUAGGCAUCAGUUAUUGCAAGAUAUAGAUGAAUGUUUUGAAGAAAGAAUUGUUCAUCAUGCUGGUUGGCGUGUCUUGUGCAUGUUAAAUAAAUGCUUCAUUAUAGAAAAUUAUAUAGUUAAUAGUCAUAGUACGGCUUUUCAGACAGUUCCUAAUGAAAUUUUGGUGCCCAGUCUCUCCAUAAUCGCUGAUAUAAAAAAAAUUGAACAGACUGCUAAUAUGAUCGACGUCGAAUUUAUCAAUGAAAUAAUAAAUGUUAUUAAGAGUCUUUCAAAAAAAAUUGAUGUAAACAUGGCUCAUAUAUGUAAUUUGUUGAAUCAUGGGUAUCAUCCAGUAAUCCGAAAAGUUUUAAAGACUUUAUUGUUAGUUGUUGAAUCUAAAAUUAAUGUCGGAUCGAUAGUCGAAGGCCUUUCAAGUGUUCUUAAUUAUGCGAAGAGAAUAAUAUCUAUUCCUGAUAAGAUUCGACUCGAAGAUCUGUUAAACCCUGAUGAUGACGAUC